AUGGAAAACCAGGCUAGAACCGUCUUUAUAGCCAGUAUCCCCUUCGACUAUACCGAGGAACAGGUGCUUGAAAUAGCAAAGUCGGUGGGACCGGUGAACGACAUUAAGCUUAUAUUCGACUCGUCUACUGGUAAAUCCAAGGGAAACGCUUAUAUUCGGUAUGGAGACAGUGAAACGGCGCUUUCUGCUGUUCGUAACCUUAAUAACAUGAACGUGGGAAAUAGGUACUUGCGUUGCACGUUGGCAUCAGACGAGGAUGCCCUUAAUCAGGGUUUACUGGGGAACACAGGUAAACUACCGCCUUUGCCUUUGGGAGUGCAAUUGUUCCCGGGCCAGAACUCCCAGCAGGCGAUUUCAGAGCUAUUAUCUAGACUAGACCUGCAAACGGCAGGCCGUAUUUUGAAAGAGGCCAAGUCUAUGAGUUUGGAGAACCCGGUGCUUAUGAAAAAGCUUCUUGACCAGUGUCCGCAGCUAUCGCAUGCUUUGGUGGAAACAAGCUUGAUGAUGAACUUGGCAAAUAAGAAUCUUGUCGAGUUGUGUCUCAACAGAAGACAGCCUGACUUGGACCAGUUGACGACAGACCAUGUGGAGCUUCUUAAGUACGUUAAUGGGUUGACUGAUGAAGAACUCGCUUCGCUUGAUGCGGAUAAGAGGAAGAUUGUCAAGGACAUUCAGACCGAAAUCGGCAAGGGCUCUUAUGGUGCCAUCGAGGGGUAA